AUGGCCAACCACGGCAGCCUCAAGCAUCCCCUCCUCUCGCCGUCGCAUCCACUCUCUCCAGCAGAUUCCCGAUCACGCCGCGACUCUGUGAACUCGGUCUCGGUCUCUUCGCAGGCCGACAAGGAGCAGCUCGCCAUCGCACUCGACAAGAUCCACACCUCGGCCAGCCAGUCUGAUGUCCUGACCACUUUCAACGACUUCGCGCCCCCGCCCGGCACCCAUCCGGCAGUCGAAACAAAAGGCACUGCGGGGGACCUGGUGCAGCAGGGACUCAGCGGCCUGUACAGCCGGUUCAAGGAAGCCGUUGGUGUUGGUGCUGUGGGCAAAGGAUCAGCCCACGAGGCUGACGACGGCGACAGCCAAGAUGGCGCCUCGAAGAGGAGCUCAGAUACCGUCAACAACACCCCCUCCAGAGCCUCGGUCUCGUCCUUUCCAAGAGGCGAGAGCGGAGCUACAGCCUCGACUUUGGACUCUACUCUGUUGUCCGAUGCUGCCAAGUCAGGCCUGUCCACUUCAGGCGUCGUGACGGCCGAGUCCCAGUCGUCCGUGCCGCAUUCCUCCAAAGCAUCCUCGAUAACGACAAUGUCGGGCCCAAAGUCGGCAUCUGCCAGUGUUCACAUGUUGCCGAAAACGCCAAGCGCCCCUGCUGCCCCCAGCACGGCAAGAGGCCUUGUCGACAAGGAUGCAGCCCGCGGCCUGGCUUCCCGUGACGACGAGCCGUCGGGCAUGACAAGGAGCGCAGGCCGCAGAAGCAUUAGCAGACCGUCUGAUAGUUCAGCCGCGCCCAGUCCCUCUGGAAACACCAGUCUCGACAGCGUGGCCAUCAGCGACAGGAUAGCCAUCCCCACAAUCCGCGCAAGGAGGGAAGAUGGCUUGAGCAUCGACGGAAGCAUUGACGUGCCGCGAAGUCCAGUCAAGCUAGCAAGCGAGGCGCGGGCUUCCUCGUCAUCUCGUAUGCCGUCCGGCGACAUGAACAAGAAGCCUGCCGUCAUCGACCGCAUCAGUUAUUCUCGGCUGAACACGCGGUCGAGGUCUUCGUCGAUGGAGCCCGGCACUGCAGAGCCGAGCCCCAUCAGCACUUCUGCCCACAGUUCCAUCUUCCACGACUCCUUCGCGCAUACCGAGAGACCGCAGAGGCUGCAGUCUGGCGCCUUGAGAAUUCCCGGCACGACGACCAAUGAAGGGGGCCUGGAGAUGGUUAACGCCAGACUAGAAAUGAUGCGCAAACGAGUUCUGAGCAAGGAAUUCUGGAUGGCCGACGAGACGUGCAAGGAGUGCUUUCUCUGCGGCAGGCCCUUCUCCGCCUUCCGCCGCAAACACCAUUGUCGAACAUGUGGUUGCAUCUUUGAUUCAAACUGCACAUCCAACAUCUCGGGGCAGAAGUUCGGUGUCCAGGGCUCCCUGAGGGUCUGCAAGACGUGCCUGGACGUCAUCAACCGCCGCUACGACAGCGGCUCGGACGACUCGGCUGACGAGUCGUACCUCCCUGCCAUCUUCCGUCCCAACCAACCCAAGGCCCCGGCAAUGCUCAUCCGGCCAAAAGCCGAUGAUGAAGUGAGCAUUUCGGAGCGGACCGAGCUGGCAAAUGACACGAGGUCUGCCACCACGCCCAUGAUGGCGAUUCCGGCGACGCGCCGAGUUGGGGACAACAACCGAAAUUCCGCUAUACUGGAGAUUGACAUGCCCCAGCUCAGCCGCCCCAGCUCGUCCCGCUCGCUCAAGUCGCUUGCGUCGGCUCGGCCGCAGUCGUCUGGCCACCGCAGGCACCACUCAAAGCACUUGACAAGAUUCAAGGCUGCAACAGAGGACAGAGCUCCGUUUCGCAAGCCAGUCAAUGAUGACCUGGGAAAGAGGUCCAAGCUCAACGCCUUCCAUGACGAUAACAUCAUCGACCCGGAACUGGCCGCCUUCAUGUCCGAUGAGUCGAGUGGCGAUGAGCAAAUGAGUAUUUUUGCCACCAUGAAUAGCAACGACGUCCAGCCAUCCAGCCUCGACCCAGACAAGUCCAGUUUCGGCCCGUAUCUGAGCACGGGCAGAAAGCACCGCUUCCGCAACGGAGAGAAGAGCAUUAGCGGGCUCAGCUUCACAAGCCGUGGGCACGAGGAUGUUGGCGGACUGCAGAAUCUGUCCAUCCACGCGAGGCCCCCGAGGAGGAGGAAAGCGAGCACUGCAAGCGCCAUCGUGCAUCACCUGCGAUCCCCGCGUCCGAAAUCCGGCGUCUUCAAGGGUCUUUCGGGUCCUUCAGGUUCGGCGGAUGCGCUAUCGCUUCUAGACUCUCCUGGGACCACCGAGCCCCCGACGGGGCUGCAGAGAAGCAACUCGGUCGUAGACGGGAGACCGCUCGAGAAUGGGCUGAACCCCACGAGCCUUGAGCAUGUCAAGAAGCUCUUCCGGCAAUUGCUGGAUGACGCCGACAUUCCCAAUCCUGCCGCUUGGGAAAAGGCGCUAAUUCCCAUCCUCGACCGGUGUGCAGACGACGUUGACCCGGAUAUCCGCAACGGAGAUGACAUGGAUAUCCGGCACUGGGUGAAGCUGAAGAAGGUUCCCGGAGGCAAGCCGAGCGACACUGCCUAUGUCCAUGGAGUCGUCUUCACCAAGAACCUGGCCCUCAAGAACAUGCCCCGCAAGAUUCGCAAUCCCAAGAUUGUCAUCAUCACUUUUCCCAUCGAAUAUCAGCGGCACCCAGAGCAGCAUUUUAUGAGCUUGCAGCCCGUCAUCGAGCAGGAAAAGGAGUAUCUGAGAAUGGUGGUCAACCGAAUCCUCAACCUCGAGCCCCAGGUCUUGCUGGUUGAGAAGAGCGUCGCGGGCGUGGCCCUCCAGUACCUGUCGGAAGCAAACGUUGCCGUCGUCUACAACGUCAAGCCUUCUGUCAUCGAGGCCGUGUCGAGAAUUGCGAACAUGCCAAUCAUCUCAUCUAUGGACAUGCUAAGUUUGGGUGCUCGCGUCGGCACAAGCGCCAGCUUUGACGUCAAGACAUAUGUGAACAGCGAAAUCCAGGGCAAGAAGAAGACGUACAUUUUCAUCGCCGGCUGCCCCAAGGACCGCGGCUGCACCAUCGCUCUGCGUGGAGCCCCCACGCAGGUCCUAGCCCGCAUGAAGAAGAUCACCGAGUUUAUGGUCUACGUUGUCUACAACCUGAAGCUAGAGUCGUGCCUGAUGCGGGACGAGUUUGUCCACAUCCCCCUCAAGAUCGAAAAGCAGCCUCCAUCAACAUCAAGGCAACACACCGACUACAGCCUGCUGCUGUCACUUGCUGACCAGGCCCAGCAAGACAACCCAGCCAUCACGGUGACCAGCCAGAGCACAGAGGCGGAAAACCUCACUCAGUCGACUGAUGGAGGUGUCGCGGAUACAGAGAAACUGGCCGGCGACCUGGCCGCCCAACCUCUGAAAACACCUCCGCCGCCUCGAAGACUGAUAUCGCUGCACGAAUCUCACUCCCACAUGUCCCACGAAAACCAAGUGCCGGAAGACGUGCCUAUGCCGACAUUCUACAGCGACAUGGUGUCAAAGUACGAAACUAGGGUGUUAUCUGCGUCGCCAUUUGUAAGAUUCACGCAGCCCUAUCUCCUCAUGAAGGCUCGAGAGCAAGAGAGGCGUCUUGUCUACCUGAAGCGUCUUCGCGACCAGGACAUGGUGGAAGAACAGGGCGAGAGCGAGAAGACCAAGCAGCAACGCUUUCAGCUCAUCAAGCCCGAGAUGGUGCAUGAAAUUGGUCAGAAGGCUCCGCAGCAGAUUAUGGAAGUCCUCCACGCCGUCCAUGACGCGGAGUACGACAAGGCCCUGCACAACUACCAGACACAGACGCGGCAGUGGGAGAACUAUGUCCAAGGCAGCCUGGAUCUCUUCGACCCCUAUUCGCACCAGAACAUUGUCGUACUCUACUCGGUCACUUGCACGCUCACAAAGAUACCAUGUGCCGAGCCUGAGCUGAUCGCCAUUGAGUUCUAUAAUGAGCAUCCGGACCGAACCGGAAACCUGGACCAGGAUUGCACCCUGGGUCAGUACAUAGAAGACAUUUGCGAGGGCGCCGAGACGGUAUGCCAUUCCAACGGCUGCGACAGCAAGAUGUUUGAACAUCACCGAACCUAUGUUCACGACAAUGCCCGAAUCACCGUCAUUGUGGAGAACACGCCAGCGUGGCCCGAGAACUUCCCCGACAAGCCCCAAGAGAAGGAGGGCGAGAAGGAAGGGACGGGUAUCUGCAUGUGGAAUUACUGCAAAUCCUGCAAAAAGCACUUCGGGCUCAUGCCAAUGUCGGUGAGCACCUGGAAGUACUCGUUUGGCAAAUAUCUCGAGCUGUCGUUCUGGAGCAGAGGCCUCCGGCUGAACCCGCAAACGGAGUGUCCGCACGACCACCAGCGGGAGCACGUUCGCUUCUUCUACUACCUGUACCGCGACAUUGCCGUCAGGGUGCACCAUGAUCCAAUCGACCUGUACGAAAUCGUCGUGCCUCGGCCCACGAUCACCUGGAAGGUGGACAACGACCUGAGGCUGAAGAACGAGAUCUUCACCAAGGCCGAGGAACGCUGGAACCGCUUCAUGAAGUCGGUCAAGGCCAGGCUAAAGAGCAUCAGGAUUGAUAGCGUGCUCCCAGAAAAGGCCGAAGCUUGCAAGUCGGAAGUCGAGAGGUUGACCAAGAAGGCUCAAGAGGACCAGCCCGAGCUGAUACGCUCCCUCCAGGAGACGUAUAUGGACUCCAAGUAUUACGAGGUCAUUCCCCUCAACGCUGUGGUCCGUGGGAUGCUCGUCAAGGUGUCUGACUGGGAUGCUGCUUUCGCCAAAUUCGAGGCCGAUUUUCUCUCUGAUAAGGACGUUCGCCAGUUGACUAUCAUUCAACUGAGAAAGAUUUUUACCGACAACGAGUCCAAAGAGUCGCUUCCCAUCACCGACGGGACUACAUCGAUUGGGUCCGAGUCGGAGGAAAAGACGACGGCCGCGACGACCCAGACGAGUGUGUCCGAGGCCGAUGAAAAGCCGUCACAAAGCUCUGAGCAAAUCUCCGAGAGUGAUCCCGGCCUGCCCCUUGAGACUCCUCUUUCUCCCAGCUCGGAUCCCGCUCCCGCGAUCAAAGAAGGCGCCGCGAAACAAGCCGAGGCGGUCCUCGAUAGCGUCGAGCCGCUAGACCUUGCCUCGCCCGCGCCAACGCCCCAGAUCCUGGCGCAGAACAUGGCCCCUCAAGCAGAUGCUGCUUUGGAAACUGUCAAGCAGCCGCCCGGCGAACUGACGGCUGGCCCGACGUCAUUGAACCUUGCCCAAACUGGCACCCCUCGACCAUCUGACGCCGUCUCACCAUCGCUCCCCAGCGAGAUGUCCUUGACGGAGAAGGUAGAGCAGUUGCGCCGAGAACAAAGGGUUGCAUCCGGUGAGGCUGGCAGCUCUGCAUCUGGGGGCGGCGAGAACACGGCCGACGGAUCGCGUCAUGGCCCGGAACGGGCUUCAGCUCGGAGAAGCGGGUUGACGGCGUCGCCUCCAAUGACGCGCUCCAUAACUCAGCCGACAGGAACGCUGCCGCGGACGCAGUCCAGCAUUGGAAAGCUGCUAAAGGACCAGAAGGGGCAAGACUCAAGCCCAGAUGGCUCGCUCAAAGGCGAAAAGAAAUUCACAGAUCGUCUUGUCUUCGGGGCUCUGAAGAACCGGAAAGCCGCGCCCUCUGGAAUUCCGCGAUACGUCCACAAGAGGGAAUCCAAAGUGUCCACUCUUGCACGCCAUUUUGAGCAGCUAAGCCGCGAGUUCGAGAAGGAGAGGAUGAAGGAUCGCAAGCAGCGUGCUGCCACGAUGCACCCCACCAGGGCGUUCCUGCCACGUUCUUCUACUCAGGCUAUAGUUGAAGUCUACGAAGACGUGGACCAAGCCGUGCGAGAGCCGGGCCCGUCGGAAGACGCGGAUGACGUUGACGAUGCCGAGGAUGACAAUCUUUUCGAUCGCGAGUCGAACGGCAAGAGAUUGGUUGAGACUGCACACGGGCCACAGGAACCGCCAGACAGCUCACAAACCAAGCCUUCGGAAACAGAAGCCGGGUCCGAAAUCGAGCCCGGCUCGCAAGCGUCGCAGACCGAAGAGGCAGUCGCCAAAGCAGAAGGCGAAGACAACCGGCACGAAAGUCAGGCUAGUUCGGACGACGAAGGCGGAGGCAGCGAUGCCGAGCAGGCCAUGCUCACUCUUGAUGACAUUCUCCCGGGUGCUAAGGACAUCGCUGCAUCGCUGGAGCCGGGCGAGGAGAGCUCGGAGGAGUUGCCAAAGCACCAGAAGAAGAGCCUCAUGACAAUGCUGACCAACUUCUGGGCAGAGCGUUCUGCCAGCGGCUGGCCCCAGUUGGAUUAUCCCAUCAACGCAACCGACCACAUCUUUAUCGACUCCAACAUUGUGGUGAGAGAGGACGAGCCGAGCUCGCUUAUCGCCUUCGCCAUGAGCUCGGAGGACUACAAGCUCAAGCUCGCGGAUAUCCGAGAGCAGGGCAGGGUAUCAAACCAGCGAGAUACAGACGACAGCGGCGACGGCCUGGAGAUCAAGAGGCAUAACCACCACUCAGACCCGGUAGCCGUUGUGGUCGACGACGAGGAUCUCGAGAAGAGUCUAACCCGGCCCAGCUUCACGCACCUGAAGUACCAGUUCACCGAGGGAUCGGCAAAGAUGACGUGCAAGAUCUUCUACGUAGAGCAGUUUGACGCGCUCCGGCGAAAGUGCGGGGUUGCGGACCGCAUCAUCGAGUCCUUGUCGCGGUGCUUGAAGUGGGAUUCCAAGGGCGGCAAGACAAAGUCGGUCUUUCUCAAGACGCUGGACGACCGGCUCGUCAUGAAGUCGCUGUCGCCCAUUGAGACGUCGGCAUUCCUCGAGUUUGCGCGUCCGUACUUUGGGCUCAUGGCCGAGGCCCUGUUCCACGAGCUCCCGUCAGUGAUUGCCAAGAUGCUCGGCUUCUUCCAGGUCAUCAUCAAGAACACGGUCACCAACACAGAGAUCAAGCUCGACCUCUUGGUGAUGGAGAACCUGUUCUACGACCGGGCGCCGAGCCGGACGUUUGACCUCAAGGGCUCGAUGCGGAACCGGCGGAUCCAGUCGACGGGGGAGCAGAACGAGGUGUUGCUCGACGAGAACAUGGUCGAGUACAUUUACGAGUCGCCGCUCUUUGCUCGGGAGCACUCGAAGCGGGUGCUGCGGGCGUCGGUGUGGAACGACACGCUGUUCCUGACGCGGCAGAAGGUCAUGGACUAUUCGCUCAUGAUUGCGGUUGACGAGGGCAGAAAGGAGCUCGUGGUGGGCAUCAUCGACUGCAUCCGCACGUACACGUGGGACAAGCGGCUCGAGAGCUGGAUCAAGGACCGCGGCUUCGCUGGCGGCGGCCGCAACAAGCCGACGGUGACGAGCCCGAAGGAGUACAAAUCCCGCUUCCGGGCGGCUAUGGCGAGCCCUAUUGAGCCCCCUAUGGCUGCCCAACUUGCCAAUGCCUUCCUGCAAACUGCGCAGGGCUUCCUCGCGGCGCCGGCCCUAGCCCUGGCCCCGCCUGCUGUUCCAGAGACGGGCGCCCUGAGCCAGGAGCUCUAG